AUGGCUCUUAGAAAGCGGUUAGAAGAAGGCAGCGGCGACUCCGGAGUGGAACCGGAUCGGAGCCUCUUAAGCAAAGAGCAGAGGGACCAGCGGAUCAGCCUGUUUCUGCGGGAUUUCGACCACCAAGCGAAGGAAAACCUGCAAGACUUGAAAAAAGAGCUCGCUUCGCUUCUGCAGGUGGCUGAGAAAGCGUUCAGAGUAGAGCUGCUGGCGAUGCCCACGGUCGUGAGAAAAAUGCGAAGGAAAGACCUGAUUGAUCUCAAGGAAGAAGCUGUUGCUGCCACAGUUCUGAAGGCCAACGACUGCGGUGUGGGAGACCUUCCCCAGGCCAAGUUAGUGAGGACAAACAGCAAACGAGUCAAGGUCACCACCAUUGUGGAGUACAAAGACGAGAAGGAGGGGAACAAAACGCAGGCCAAGAAAGCAUCUCAAAAGGUAUUUAAAGCCAAUUCGCUGACCUCCUUGGCUUCCACCACAAAGGGCAAGCAAGGUCCUUUGUCCAGGCCUGUGUCUGCGUUCUCCACUCCAAAUGCAAGAACUUUGGGGCGAUCGGCUUCAAUGCGUGAGCAGUCGGUCUCUACCUCCAAGUGCCCCCUGGCAGGCUCAAGAAAGUUUGCACAGAGGGUCCCUUCCAAAAGUGCAUCAGCCUCGGGGAGAAUUCAGGCUACGUCUGUCCGGAGCACCUCCAUGCCCCUUGAAAGACAUGUCCCUUUUGUCAACAUACCUCUGGCGGAUGGGCAGACUCUCUGUUCAGCUGGCGAGGACCUCCAGAACAUCAACGUGGAGCUAUUAAAUGAUGACACCGUCCAACAUAUCCACACACUUGUCAACCAGUUGACGGUCCUUUGUGGAAAAGCAACUGUUAAGUCAAGUUGA